CACCAACCUUACAAAGCUAGUUAUUCUGAUUCGAUUAACGAGCAGUUCAAGUAUCAAACACCUUUAACGGACACAAGUUUAGUUAUGUCAACACAUAGAAAUACCUCUGAGAUGUAUUAUGACUGCCUUCAGUGUACCGAAUACUGUCGACACACAGCGAGUGUUAAGGAAAAUGAAAAAAACUACGACUUGUACAAUUCCAAUUACAACACAAUUGAAAGCAACUAUGAUAACGACAAAUAUUAUGGUAAAAGUAGCAAAUCUCAAUCACGAUUUGUCUUAACGAAUUAUUCACAUUCGUAUCAAAAGUCUGAGUCUUUUUACCCGCAAUACGAUGACAUUAUUUAUCAAGAGAAAAGGCAUACAAAUAGAAGAAAUAAAUCAUCAAGUCCAAUAUCUUCUGUAACGCCUUUGAGAAAAAGAUCUUCUUUAGCUCGACCAGUACGCAUUUAUGAUUCAUCAUUGAAUGACAAUAUACCGAUUAAGUUGUCAGAUUUUUCAAUUGACGAACGGUCUAAUCCUGGAGAAACGGCCUACUAUACUGGUGGAUUACCAUUUGAUGAUCAUUCUGGUAGUGAAAGUGGUUGGCCUAUUCGCCUUCGACUCGAAGAGAUUUUUGAAUUGACUUUAUCACGAAGUAGAAAGAGGAAACGAGUGAAAACGCGAAAGAAGAAAAAAGUGACAUUAGCUAGCAAGCACACUCACUUUAAAGACACAGAGAGGCUGCUCAAAGUACUUAGCAUUAAUAAUGUGGACCAAGAUUGUAGGUACAAUGUCAAACGAUGUUCCAUCAUGUAGAGUCUUGCAUAAUGAAGAGAAAAAAUUACUUUUGAAAUAGAAAAUAUCUUUAGAGUUGAAGAUUCAUUAACCGUCACUUAUUUUUCAUAUAAAAUUGCUGAAUAUUUUCAUCAGCAAACUAUUUAUGAAUCAUGAAUAAAAAUUUAGAGCUUUGGGUAACUAUAAUUGCAAGAUGUCAGUAAUUUUAAGUAUUAAUACAUCAUGAGAUAAAUCAUUUUUUAAUUACUUUUCUAUUUCAAAAUUGAUUACUUUUCUUCGGUAUAACAAGAAGUUAUACUUUCGUUACAAACUUGAUUGUAGUAAAAAACCCCGUCGUCAACUGCUCUUCCUCCUUCCUACUUUUAGCUAUUAUCCCAACAUUUAAGCGCAUUUCGAUCUUUUUCAAUUCUAUGACUUUAGACAACUUUUAUUUCUAUAUAAUACAUGUUUUUAAAAUUAUCAAAAAUUUAUUUUCAAGAUAUUUCAUAUGAAAAAUUUAUUGACAUAAAUAUUUUUACGGUUUCAAAUCUCUUAUAAAAUUUAAAUCGAACAUGUGAAACAUUUACCUAUAUCAGCCUAUAAUGAAAAGCCGUCCUUUCAUAAUUGAAUCUUUGUCUAAAUAAAAGAAGAAACUAUGAACACUAUUUAUUUUAUUUUUUGAAAUAUUUAUACCAAGCAAGACUUUGUUACUGCUAUAUCUAUACAACAAUUACAUUACAUUCAAGCGUAAAAAAUGAGAUCAUGUCACUCUUGAAGCAUAGAUAACUCUGGAUUAUUAUUUUCAAGUUUCAUAAUAGCUUGUAAUUUCCUUUUAAAUUUUAUUUUUAUCAUCAUAGUUUUUUAUUUUUUAAAUUAUUGCAUCUGUUUUUAUAAAGAACAAUUAAAAUUUUCUAAUAUUAACCAUCACUUAAAAUUAUAUGAAUAUAGUUUCUUCUUCAAAGACUACGUUACUGCUUUUAAUAAAUAUUAAAUAUCUCUAAAAAUUGACAAUUGAAUUCUGGGUUAUAAAUCAUAAAUAACGAACAAUUUAAUCAUCAAAUUAUCUGCCAAUUUGAUUUAUUGCCACCGAUUUAUUUAAUGAGUAAUAUUGAUUUCGCGAUAAUUAUUGACCGCAUUUUGAAUAAUUAAGAGUUUUUCAUCUAGCUAAUUAUUUCCUACUUGAUUCCCAUCUCUUCCACUUUCCUAUUAAUGAUCCAUUACUGCUCGUGGUGAAUUAUAAUGUCGAGAGCUGUUGUGAGAAAGAUCGUAAUUGCGAACAAAACUCCCUUAUAGGAUUUAGGAAUAUGUCAAGAAGAUGCGCAAUAUCUUAUUAUUUAUCUUGUUGACCAAAUUAAAUAGAUAAGAAUAUGAAAAAAAAUGUUAUUCAUAAUUAUAAAUAAUUAUAAAGUAUUGAUUAUACAACAUGUUAUGAGUGCCCUUCUCCUGAAAGUUUAUUAAUUAUUAACUGUAUCAGAAAUGUAAGCUAUUCCAAGUACCACGCCCAGUAUUUUCUAAGUAUUAAUAGAGUGUAUUUCACGGUGAGCAACUCAAACUUGAACAGUUUAUUUAUAUCAAAUGUGAUGUACGUGUUUUCAUCGUGCAUUAUAUUGUUUUAAAGUUUUAGAGAAACUUAUGAAAAAAAAAAAAAGUUAUAUUUCAUUGAGAAUGAAGAAUGAGUAUUCUCCAUACACCAGUGUACUAAGCCACCGAGUGCCAUCUUACAUUCUAAUAAUGUUUAAUACCAAGUCUAGUCUGUUUGCAAAGAACCUUUGGUACACAAUCACACAAUGUCUUUGUUUCAAGUGAACCUAUUAAAAUAUAGAUUGCACGGAAAUGUAUGAUGUACAUAUGUAUUAUGUUACAAAAACAUUAAAUGCAUUCAUUUCA